AGGUUUGGAGUGCAUAGAAAACAUCAAUACCCAACCGCACUAUCUCAGUUUUGCGUUCUUCCCAAGCAGCACCAGCACCAGCACCAGCACCAGCACCAUUAGAAGGAGGAAGAAGAAAACACAGCAGCGAAGAAAAGCAAACCAUGAAAGCUCUUCUCAAUCAAGAACCUUCUCUUUUCACCCCCAUCUCCACUACUUCCACCACCGCUAAGCAUCGCAGCCUCACUCAGCCUCUCACCCAAACACUCCUCAACCUCCCCGCAUAUAACGGCCACCGCCUUACCGGAAGAAAACUAACCUUAACCACCAAAUCCGUGUUGGAGUCCGUCACCGUAAAAAAUUCAAACAUCCCGGAAUACGAUACCCGAAACCCGACGAUUUCAUCUUCGUUUCGGAGGUCCGGUAUUCCGAAGCCGAAUCAGACGGUGCUGGACGCUCAGACUAGGGUUUGCACGGGCCCCACACAGACCAAGCCUCUCAGCGAGGAUCAGGCCUUCAAGGUGCUCGACACGAUUUACAGAUCGGUCAAGGGCGAGCUGAAGGAUGAGGAGCCGGUGUCGAAGUCGCAGCUCGGCGCGUUUUUCGCGGCUAUGUCGAUUCGCGCCAACGCUUUUCCGGAGGCGACGCAGUGGAGCGAAGGCGAGAUCCGGGCGAUGAACCAGUUCUGGCCGCUUCUGGUUCGGGCUCUUCCGGCGGACGUGGUGUUCAUCGCCGAUCCGGAGGGGUCGUUGGUGGGCGCGGGAAGCUCAAUCGGCCCCCAAUUCGUCGGGAACGGCGCGAGUGAGAUGAGAUUGGUCGGCGCCCUCCGGGAGGUCCUCGCCGGCGGCCACCUAGGAUUCGAAGAAGUCCAAGGCGUGCUGCGAGACAUUCUUCCGUUGAAAUCAGUGGAUGAUGCGACGUUGUCCGAUAGUGUGAGUGAAGCGUUGCUUUCGGCAUUGUUGAUUGGUCAGCGGAUGAACAGAGAAACGGACCGUGAGCUGAAAGCUUACUGCCUUGCAUUUGAUGAUGAGUUCGGUGAUACUCCAAUUGUUGAUGUUAAAUCACUUACUCACUAUGGUGAACCUUACGAUGGUAACACGCGUUUCUUUAGAAGCACAUUGUUCGUUGCUGCGGUUCGAUCUUGUUAUUCCGAAUCUUGCUUGCUUCACGGCUUGGAUUGGAUGCCACCUAAGGGAGGAGUUACUGAAGAACAGAUGCUUAAGUUUAUGGGGGCAAAUACGAGCUUAACCCCGUUGCAAGCAAAAGUACUUCUUGAGGAUGAAGACAUUGGUUUUGCCUAUAUAAGUCAACGUGAAGCCCGCCCUUCUCUAUAUUCAUUAGUUAAGUUGAGAGAGCAUAUUAAGAAACGUCCCCCACUGGCGACAACCGAAAAGGUUCAGCAAUUCGUGAAGGCCCGGGGGAAGGAAGCUAUUGUUGCUGGGUUUUAUCAUGAAGGUUUUGAGGAGCCGCUCUUAAUGCUUAUGAAAAGAAGAGGUGUCAAUGCUGGCUUGGUGGUGAAGGGUGAGGAAGGAGCUCUCUCAAUGACAACCAGAUUGCGGUCAGUAAAUUCAUCACAAGGACUUCCUGUAAACUACUGUUCAGGGUUUCGUUCAACAAGCUUUGCAUCCUCUUGUCAAGUUGAUGGUGUUUCACGUCAGAGCUUCAGUCUAGAGGUUAAUGCCGUAGACUAUGGCUUUGAACCCACCGACACUCCAAGAACUGAUAGAUCGGUUGUGAAGAAUAUAGAGUUGGGCUUAACAGCGCUUCGUGGUCAAAGGGGACCAGCUUAUGAUCGAAUAGUGUUGAAUGCUGGAAUGAUUGAUCACUUACUUGGAUGUGAUGGUGCAGAAGACAUAACCUCUGCCCUGGAUAGAGCGAGAGAGGCUAUUGACAGUGGAAAGGCUCUAAAAAAGGUCUUGAAUUACAUAAGAGUUUCAAACGAAGUGUGAGAGAGGAGGGAUGUGUUUUCGUUUUGCUCUAACUAAGAGGUCCAAGGAAGGCUACUUCAAAAAUGUAUGUGUGGCGGCUAAAUUGUUACAUAAUUUUGAUUUGUCAUUUGAGUUGUAAAUGUUUUUGUGUGUUCAUCACGUGCAACUAUCAAAAGCUUGACAGGUGUGCAUAUAUCAAAAGCUUGGUGCGCAUGUGCCAUGUAAAUCUUUCUCGUUUGAUUCGACUUGUAAAGCAAAGAAUGAACUGAUCGGGUAACUGCAACAUAAACCUUUUUUUUAAUUAAUUAAUUUGAGUAAAACGAAUUACUUUUGACUUGUAA